AUUUUUUCUAUUUAAAAUUAUUCUUUAUAGAUGCUGAUUUUGAUUCCUAUUGGGAAGAUCAAUCAAGAAAUAGAAAUCGAAAUAGAAUUCGUGUUGGUCGUCAGUAUCAAGCAACUGUACCACCCCUUUUAAAACCAGGUGAAACUGAUGGUAGAUGUUGUGAAGAUUUGGAGACAUUAAAAUGGAAACCUGAUAAUGAUCUCUCUGAUCAACAAAUAGAUCAGUAUCUCUCCAUGGCAAGCAGGGCUGUUAGUUUGUUUGCAAAGGCUAUUGAUACAUGUCAAAAUACAGGAAAUGGACCUGAUAAAACUUUACAAACAGCACUAAGAGGUUUGUCUGAUUUUGUAACCUCUCAUCAUCCAUGUCACCAUGAUGCAGGAUGUCAAGUUCCAAGCCCUUCAUGUUGUGGAGAUCAUAAUUGUAAACACAGUAUAAAAAAUGGUUGGACGCCAACAGAAGCCCAGCUAUUUGCUCGAGCUCUAGAAGCAUGUGGAAAGAAUUUUGGUGCAAUCAAGAAAGAGUUUUUGCCAUGGAAACCUGUGAGGAGCAUUAUUGAAUUUUAUUAUAAUGGAAAAGAAGAAAAGUAUGAUAAUCAGUCUGCUCGACAAUCACAGCAAAUAGCAAAUUUAUCAGAAAAUUUAAUCACAGGAAAGGAGAACAUAUCUGAGGCACAUAAUCUAAAGAAUGAAGAUGAAGAGGAUGAUGAUGAUGAUGAUGAGGUAGACAAACUUGAGGAUUGUGAUUGCAAAUUAGAAAAAACUGAUUCAAAAUCUGAUCAUGAUACUGAAACACAAAAUGAAAAAACUUCAAAAUUAAACCAACCUAACAAUGAAUCCACAUCAUUCAAUCUUGGAAGUUUAAGUUUUUUCCUUGGAGGCCAGUUGGUACUGAAAUUAAAUGCCCAACAAGAAAAUGGUCCUGAUAAUCAGAAUUGCCAAUGGGUUCUUUCUCAGGAUACACCUAAACUUCCGCCAAAUAGAAAGGGUAGAAAAUCUAAGAAAAGCUGCAAACAAGGUUCUAUUACAUCUAUAGGAAAGGAAGAAAUUCAACAAACAAAGAAUGAAAAGAAACAAGAGUUUUGUAUGGAAGAAAGGGAAGAAGGAAGUGGUGUAAAAAAAGCAAAGUUAAAAACUGACUGCAUUCACUCUUCUUCAAUGGAAGAAGCUAGUGAUUUCUGUAAUAUGCCAUGGUUACCUCCAACUGAAACAAAACAAGAACGAACUGAAAAAUGUGAUGAUACACUUUAUAAAACUGAAACUUGGUGUCAUUCAUUUUCUUCUUUGUGUCUUUCCCAAUGCAAAAAUGAAAAUUGUACUCAUAAAGAUAAAAACUGUUUGAAAAAUACAGGAUUGCUUAAUUCUGAAGACAAUAUAACAAGCACUAUAAAAACUGAACCUGGUUUAUCUCCAUCAUAUAUUAUGAAUUCUAAUGUCAGUUUAAAAGAAGAAGAUUCCAAAGAAUCAGUUGUUUCGAUGAAAUCUUAUUUAAAAGCUUUAUCUGUUCCAUCAUCUAGUUUAUCAUCUCAAAAUUGGGUGGAACAUUCAAAUAUUUGGAGAAAUUCAACGAAAUUUAAUGAAAUUCUUACAAAAAAGGAAACAUGGUCUCAUAGUCAAACAUUACAAGAUUCAGAUGGUGGUCCUCUGGAUUUAUCUAUAAAAAAUUCUGAAAAAAAUUUAUCUAAAUCUUGUGAAGCACUGACAUCUGAAAAAAGUUUGACUGUGCAUGAUUCAGUUGCUUCUGAUACACAAAUGUGUCCCUUCAUAAAGUCUUCCACUUGUCAAAAAAGAACAUCAGUUUCUACAUCCAUUAAAGAUUCGUUAUCUUUAAAUGAUAUGUCUCAAACUAAUAUGCCCUUGGAUGGCUGGAGUGUUCAGGUUUCACAUGGAUUACCAUAUGUUAAGGGUGAGACAGUUAAAAAAGAUUGUCAUAGCUCACAGUUAUUGAGUAAAGGUUAUCCUUUAAGUUGUGAGUAUUCGCGAUAUGGUAUGACUGUUACAUAUGCUCCAACUGUUUUUCCACCUGUGUAUAAUUGUAAAAAAGAUCCCACUAACAAAGAUAAACCAGUUAAUUUGAGCAAAAAGAAUGAAAAUUUUACUUGUGAGGAAAAUAAUUCAACACGUGAAUUAGAAGUUGAUGAAAGAUGCUCUGAAAGUGGUGUUGAUCUGGUUCCAUGGGUUGUUGCACCAAUCCUUUCAUAUGGCCAAAUGCACUCUCCAUUUUGUUCCUGUUGUGUCACGUAUACUGAUUCUAUGGGUAUGAACAGAUUAUCUGAUCAGCCUCAAGGUGAUAGCGAAACUCCAUUGGAUCUAUCAUCAUCAUCGUCGUCAUCUUCAUCGUCAUCGUCGUCAUCUGAUACAACAGAUAUUACAGAUUUUCAUAAACCUAAGAAUGAAAAUGUUGCUGAUUAAUUAUUUGACAGGGUAAACAUCCAUCUUAAGAAUGAAAAUGUGAUGAAUAUUAAAGAUCAGCAUGCAUAAAACAGUUGAUUAUCAGAAGUAUUAUAUAAACAUUGUACAGUUUUAAAAUAUGUUGUUGAAAGUUAGUAGACUUAUAUACAAAAAAAAUUCAAUUUUGUUAAUAAAAUUCAUGUUGCAAAGAUGGAGUGCUUUGUUUGACUCCAGUACAUAAUGUGACAUCUUUUGUGCAUAUAUCUUACAAAAUGCAAUUACUAUAAAAUGAUUAUAUAAAUAAUUUUAUAAAUUGAAAUUUAUUAAAUAAAUAUAGAUAAUUUUAAAGAAAAUCUUGAACAUAAACUGUGCACUUCAAAAGGUUAACUUGACUGACAAAAUUAAAAUUUUAGGUUAUAAACUUGCAUACCAAAGUCAUUUUGGUAAAUUUUUUUAAUCAGAUUUUUA